UUGGGCGGUGGCGGCGCGAGGCGGUGAGGGAGCGGCGAGCGGUGCUGCGACGGGUUUGGUGGCCGUGCGGAGGGAAUGGAUCAGAGAGCAGCGGUGCCGAGCUAGCUGUGAGCCAGAGGCGGUGCCGGCUCUGUUCUGUCUUUGCUCGUAUGCCUACGCGGCUCUCUGGGUGGCCCGGUGGCCUCCUUCGCCUUCUCCCUUAGCAGGGCUCUGCCCGAGCCUGCAGGCAGGCUGUGCUCAGGCGGCUCGGAGCAGCCAGCAGCCGCACCGUGCUGACGGCCGUUCUCUCUGUCGGCAGGGCUUUCAGCCACUGCUGACAGCUUCACUUCCAGAAGUUCUCGAAGCCUGAGGUAACUCGGAGCCGUGACACCGUGCAGCCUGGCCUCGUCCUGAGGGAGGAGGAUGGCUCACGUGCAGCCUCUGCCCAUUCCCUGCCCUGUGCAGCUCGGGAGUUUGAAAGGAGAUUCUCUAGAAGCUCAGCUGCACGAGUGCGUCCGGCAGGGGAACUGCAGGAAGGUGAAGAAGCUCCUGAACAAAGGUGCUUCUGUUGAUGCUGUGAAUUCCAUGGGCCAAACCUCUCUUUUCACCGCUGCAUUGUUAGGCCUUGGUAGAAUAGUGGGUGUGCUGUUGGAUUAUGGCUCAGACCCUAACCAUCGCUGUUAUGAUGGAAGCACUCCGGUCCAUGCAGCAGCUUUCUCAGGAAAUCAGUGGGUUCUUAGCAAGUUACUGGAUGAAGGAGGUGAUCUGAGAGCGCACGAUGAAGGUGGGAAAAAUCCACAGUACUGGGCUAUGUCAGCUGGAAAAGAAAGCAGUGCUCAGAUGCUGGAAUUCAUACAGCGCUGUACAUUCCACAUGCAGGCUGCCAUUCAGAAUUUUCCCUGUGAUCCACUGAGGAAGAUUUGCUCAUCAAAAGCACUGGUUUCCAGUCCAUCCAGGUUUGGUGGCCUUGUUCAAGGAAAUGCUGACAGUCCUCUGGGUAGAUUUCUGAAAGGUGGAGUUAAUGCAGCCAAGAACAUCUACAGCUUUGGUUUUGGGAAGUUCUAUCUUGCAGGCAGUGGGCAUCUGGGCUACUUGGCAUCUCUCCCUAUUAUUGGGGAAAAAGAAGUGGUUCAGGCAGAUGAUGAACCAGCAUUUUCUUACCGUGUUGGACCAUGCAUGACCAUGACAAACUUGAUGUGGGGGAGCAGCAGAGUGACAGUGAAGGAACUCAGCUUUCAGCCCCAUCAGAACUGCAGUAAGCUACGCUUAGCUGAUCUUCUCAUUGCAGAGCAGGAGCACAGUAGUAAACUCCGUCAUCCCCAUUUGCUGCAGUUGAUGUCUGUUUGUCUGUCCAGUGAUUUGGAGAAAACCCGUUUGGUGUACGAGAGGGUCAACUUUGGUUCUUUGUACAGCAUCCUGCAUGAAAGGCGUACCGAAUUCCCAGUGCUGCGCAUGGAGACAAUUCUGCAUGUCCUCCUUCAGAUCAAUGAUGCUUUACGUUUUCUGCACUCCCGUGGAUUUAUCCACCGCACAAUUACCUCCUAUGCUAUUCAGAUUGUUUCUUCUGGUGAAGCAAAGCUAUGCAACAUGGAAUACAUGGUAGAGAGCAAGGAUGGUGGAGAACACAGUGAUCUGACACGUAUUCCUGUGCCAGCCCAGCUGUAUAAAUGGUGCUCUCCUGAAGUAAUCCUUGAAAAGAGUGUCACGGUGAAAUCUGAUGUUUACAGCUUCUGCACAGUGAUGCAAGAAGCCUUGACAGAGACCCUGCCCUGGAAAGGUCUUGAAGAUUCAGUAAUUAAACAGCUCAUAAUUUCAGGACAGCAGUUGGAAGCAGAUGUCAGACUUCCUGUACCCUAUUAUGACGUUGUGAAGUCAGGGCUUGAAUCCAAACAGAGGAACCGCUCCAUGAACCUCCAGGAUAUUCAGUACAUACUGAAAAAUGAUUUAAAGGACUUGACUAAGUCUCAGAGUUGUCAUUCUGAUGAAAUGGCAAAAGCACAGAGGCCUGCUGUUUUUGCAGAUAUAAACAUCUGUUUGUCGUCAACUUUCAGCUACCAGAAGAGAACACUGGAAUUGAACGAAAAAGGGGUAACAGAGGCUGACAGUUCUGCUGUCCCAAGUUACCCUGUUUUUCCUGAAGAGAAUAAUGCUUUAGUGGACCUUGAGGCCCCCACCAGUCUGCAGCUAGUUGUGCAGGAAAGCAGUCACGAUGCAGCUUCUGAAACCCAGAUGACCUGCAGUGUGAGUGAUGUGGAUGACAGCCUCUGUAGCUUUGAAAUGAAUGAAGUCUUUGCCAGUUGUCCUGACUUUCAUGAAGACUUCCUGGAAGAAGGAGCUGAAUUAAGUCGAACACUGAAGGAUAAAAAAAGACAGCAAAAGGAAAAAGAUGAGAAAGUCCUUGGAGACCUGUGCCUGUCCCCUGGAAUGUACUGUGAGGAAAAGCCAGGUUAUGAGGAAGGCAGCAUUUCAGAGUCAGUUGCAGAGUGCACUACAGAAGAGGAGGAAGGGAAAAAUGAGGCCUCUGACCUGAGCAUGCUGGCACAGGUGAGAGGAGAUGCUGGCAGGAGGAGGAGUACUCUGUCUUCAAAUGAACAGCACAUCAGUAAAUGUGUCCUUGAUUUAAAGAUUGUUCAGAGCAUGUUGCAGCAGGCAGCAGAGUCCCUGUGCAGAACAGAGGAAAAACUGGACAAAUUAGAGGCAGCUGAAAAGCAAAGGAAGCUUCUGCAGGGAAUUUGGACAAAUCAGCUUUCUGAGCAAGUUUUUUGUGACAGACCCUGUAACAGAUCUGAUAAUACUUAUCAAAAUAUCAAUAACCCUUUUUCUGGAGCUAACACUUCUUUAUGGAAGGCUGUAGGUCCGCCAUCGAGUGACUACAUUCCACCUCUGAUGACGUGCCGCUCACAAGGAGCUCUGCAUGGAGGUGGUUUCCAGGCUGUUUCAAAUGUGACUGAGGAAACGUGGGCAAUUCAGAAUGGAAAGUGGAAAUGCUUUCAUCAGAGGGGUAAGAGUGAAAAUGAGAACAACCAGCAUGACCUCAGCUUCAAUGAGGUGAAAAGCCUUGAUGAUCAAGUGGACCUCGAACACGAGCAUUUACUCCCACGUGUAUCUGUUAGAUGCAAAAAAAAGUUCAACUUUCAGAUUCAGAGAGGGAGUGACUCACGUUGUGCAGCAAGUGGAAGCAGAGAAGAGAGGCGGUGCUAUCCAAAACCAGCAUCUGAAAUUUGCAGCACAAAAAUAAACGAGGAGAGAAGGAGGAUGCAGCCAGAAUGGAGAACUGAAGUAAGGCAGAUGGCUAGAAAAGUGGCCUCAGGACAACUAGAGCUGAUUGCCCCAUAUCUGGCCAGUGAUUGUACAUCUGAAAGUGAAGUGGAGAGUAUAAAGGAAGCAUUUCCACAUGUCACCAGUAGAGUCCAAAAAGGGCGAGACCAAGGAGGAUAUAGAUGGCAUACAAGUGACAGUGCUGAGCCUUGGGAGGAUGGAUCUGAAUCUGAGGAGAGUGAUCUGGAGUCUAUAUUCAGAAGUUCUGGAGGGGGAAGUUGCCAGUCACCAUCACAAGAUGAACAGACAGAAUCUGGACCACCUGUUGAUAAGAAUUCAGUCAUUUUUCAACAAAUUGAGACUGUCUCUAGGGGGCGUUCAAGAGAAUUGCCUUGUUCCUUUAAUUCAUAUCCCAGUGAGUCUGAAGAAUUCUUGACUCCAGAUUCUGAUUAUUUCCUUCCUCCUGCUGUUCAGGGAAGCUCAGAACUAAAGAAACAGAUGCCUGAAGAUGCAGGAUCAGGUGUUCAGGUAUCAGGAGGAAAAAUAUUACUCUGCGGCACAGCAGCACAGAACUCUGGCAGUAACACACGAGGAGUGAAUCAGCUUAUCCAUAUGCCUGUAGCCAGUGUUGAAGCAGCACAAGAAAUGAUGUCAAGGGAGCUGCAGGAAGACUCCAAAGAAAAAGACACAUCAGUGGCAGAUAUUCAGGAUUUGUCAAGUAUUCCCUGUGAGGAAGAGCACUGCUACAAGGACAUAAGUUGUAAAACGCCUGGAGCGAGUCGUGUGCCCCCCAGUGUCAGCACUCCAAUCAGUUCAGAGGAAAAAAUUCCAGUGUCCUUUGAGAAGCACAGAUGCUGCCAUGAAGUAGUUUUGGAUUCUUCCUUGUGCAUUUGUCAAGAGGUUUCCUCUGCAGUGUCCCGGACGUUCACCACAGCCUAUGAAGAGGAAAGGAGCACUGAAGUUCUCUCUGCUUUUCCAGGCGUUUGCUCCUCUGGACUGAAUGAGCCUGGUGGAAUGUCAGUUGUUGCUUCAUCUUCGAGAAGCACCAGGAAGGCACUUGCGCUCGCUCAGGCACCUAUCCACCUCCUGGAUGAGCUCCCUGCACCAGCCCAAGAGCUGCUGGAUGAAAUUGAUUCUGAUCGAAUUAAAAUGGAAGGCAUAGAAGCAAAAAAAGAAAUUGAGAUAAGUGAGAAGUGUGACUGUGGUGCAUGGACUAUGGAGACAUUUAAUCUAGCAGAGGAAACAGAAAGGGCUCACUCUACUCUUGAUGACGCUUUAGAAAGAGUUCUCUGUGCUGUUCCUCCAGAUGAGCAAAUUGAAGAACGACAACAAGAUGAGGAAAUUCAGGGAUAUGCUCUUGGGGCUGCGAGCCUGAGAGAUCCACGAGGUGUUGGAAGGAAGAAGGGAGCAGAGGAAGGUGGAGCCAGGGCACGCAGCAAUGAGGCAGAUGGCUGUGCUGGGAGUUCAGAAGGCAAGCACUCUGAAGGUCAGAAAUUCCGCUUACGGGGACAGCAGUCUGCAACUUCUCCAUUCAGGGUAAUUGUUUUGGAUCAGAACGGUUCUCCUGCGUGAUUAGAAUGGAUAGUGAAUACAUCUUAGUGCAUCAGCUGCUUGCUGCUGCUGGUACAGUAUUCAGCCUGUGAACUGCAGCCCUUUUUUGGUCGCAAAGACUUCUGAUGCUCAGACUUCUUUUAUCUGCAGCAGCAAGUACUAAAAGAAAUCGCAGUGCUUUACUUUAUAGUGCAUUUUAUACUGUUUUUUGCCACUGUUUUAUAUCAGUUAUACUGCAAAGGUGAUCUGUGUUCUGAAUAGAACAACCUCAGUGAGCUGGCUGUUUGUUUUUCUGUAUGCACACUUUCAUAAGCAAAAUAAUUUUUUGCUCUUUUGCAUUACACAGUUUUCAGUGUUACAGACAAAAUGACUGUAAUUCUGUGAACUGCUGUUACUGCUCAGACUCAUCUAAUUUUUCCUCGCUGGAGUGUGGAGUGCUGUGUUGCAGCCCACGUGGUGUAUGUUUUUCCUUGCUCAUUAAAUUUAACAAGGGUAAUUUCUUGUUUUCUCUUCUCUUAGUGCUUUUGUGAUCUAGUGUUGAACUGAUUUGACUGAUAAAGGGGAUUAAUUGCUGUGCAGAAAGUUAAUGAGAAAAAAGCAGUGUUCUUUCAGAGAUACAACUGCACCAAUAUUUUCCCUGUCAGCAUUCAACAAGAAUGCAGAAAAGUUAGCAAUACUGAGAUAGCUGUUGUUUAAUUAAACCAGGUUUCAUGGUCCAAAAAAGGUCCCUGGGAAGUAACUGACUUCUGGGUCAGGCUUUUGAUGGGCACAGCGAGUUCAUGUUUAACUGUUCUUGUGAUUAUCUCUGUCCAGGUGCAGGAUGUGUGAGGAUUGUCCUUAUCUCUGUUGAACACAGUGCAGUUCUAUGGCAUUCUUACAGUUUUGUGUCCCAUGUGUUUCUCUUCCAUCCUUGAUCAAGGUGGGAAAUUUUGCCUAUCUGUAACUGUUAAUUUGGUUUAAUGACACUAAUAAAAAUGUCUAAGCUUAA